AGCACCAGGAGGGUGAUUAUUUCUCUAAUGUGCUCUGCUUCCUGUUGCUAAAACACAGCCCUUUCAAAUGAGAUUGUUUGCUAAGUGAGGCAUCUCCUUCCUCUUUCUCCUUUGGAUGAAUUAGAGAGCAGGAAGAAUCAGCCUGAGAACCGAGGAGCUUUAUUUAUUCCCCAUGGAUAGGGGCCUGCUACCAGAGAGGCCACAGGCUGGAGUGACAGAGGACAGAGCUGACUCAUAGGGUAGGGAGAAAAUGGCCUGGAUCUUUGAUAGAGGUACCAGAAGGCAGAACUUCAACAUCCUUUGGAGGACUCUAUUCAACCUGUAACAGGAACAAAGGUACUGAGAAGAGCCAUGGAGAUUCUCAAUGAGAGCAAGAAAAGAGAAUAGAGAAGACAUGAACCAUGUGGACGGAUUUCUAGGGACAGAGUGAUCAAACAGCAAGUUGUCCAGGGUAAAGGCCCUGAGGCGGGAUGAUCCUGCAGUGACGCCGAGAAGUUGUGCAAAGCCCAGGAACAGUGAGGGCAUUAGGACCAGGAGUGAGGCUCACACUUGGCUCGGGCUGUGUCUGGCAGAGGGCUCUGGCUGAGCAGAGCGAUGUGUGAAGGGAAACCAGGCACUGCCUGCCGGCUUUACAUCUGUUGAUCUGACCUGCCUGGAAGCGUCCAAAGAAAGACGGCUGUCAGCCCUGCUUGACUGAGAACGCACCAGCUCACCCCAGACAUCUCAUAGCAACCUGACUAUUUAUGCAAAAGGGGGGAAGAAACACAUGGGACUAAACACCUGAGCAGAAUGGAAUCAUUAUUUUUUCCCAAGGAGAGAACCAGGAUAAGGGGGCAAACAAUUCAGUUUGAAGUCCCUGUGAAUGGGCUUUCAGAAGACAACUAAAAAAUCCACUCAGAGAAAACUUGGGGUGGGACUCAGGUCUUGUGGCUUCAGCUUGUAAGUGGAAUCAGGUCUCGCACCUACUAUUGGCAAAUUCCAGACGGAAAAAAAAUGGAGCAGGUUAAAUGACUGACAAAAAUCUUCCAGGUGGAACAAGCAACUCAGGUUCUGCUGCAAGCUUGAAGGAACCUGGAGCAGGAGAGAGCAAACUUGAACAUGACCUGUUGCAUUUGGCAAGUUCCAGCAACAUGCUCCUAAGGAAGAGACACAGGCAGGGACCGUGCAGACCUCAGUUCCUCCUGCUGUCCCUGACGCUGGGAUGCGUGCUGAUGCUGGUGGCCGUGCUGCACCCUCCCCCGCUCACCCUGCCUCAGCCUGUCACGGCCCAGGCGGGCAAGCGCAGCCCUGAAGCUGGGUACCGCCUGGACUUCGGGGAAUCCCAGGAGUGGGUUCUGGAGGCUGAGGAUGAGGGUGAAGAGUACGGCCCCCUCGAGGGGCUGCCACCCCUCAUCUCACUGCGAGAGGACCAGCUGCUGGUGGCCGUGGCCGUACCCAGGACCAGAAGGAACCAGAGCCGGGGCAGGCGAGGGGGCAGCUACCGGCUCAUCAAGCAGCCGAGCAGGAGGCGGGAUGAGGAAGCCCCGGAGAGGGACUGGGGGGCUGAGGAGGAGGAUUGGGAGGUAUCGGAAGAAGACGAACUAACGCCGCUCAGCCUGGACCCGCGCAGCCUCCAUGAGGCACUCAGUGCCCGCAUCCCUCUCCGGAGAGCCCUGCCGGAGGUGCGGCACCCACUGUGUCUGCAGCAGCACCUGGGGGACAACCUGCCCAUGGCCAGUGUCAUCCUCUGUUUCCAUGAUGAGGCCUGGUCCACCCUCCUGAGGACUGUGCACAGCAUCCUCGACACAGCACCCAGGGCCUUCCUGAAGGAGAUCAUCCUGGUGGACGACCUUAGCCAGCAAGGACAACUCAAGUCUGCUCUCAGUGAAUAUGUGGCCACGCUGGAGGGUGUAAAACUGCUCAGGAGCAACAAGAGGCUGGGUGCCAUCGGAGCACGGAUGCUGGGGGCCACCAGGGCCACGGGAGACGUGCUGGUCUUCAUGGAUGCCCACUGUGAGUGCCACCCAGGCUGGCUGGAGCCCCUCCUCAGCAGAAUAGCUGGUGACAGGAGCCGGGUGGUGUCUCCAGUCAUAGAUGUGAUUGACUGGAAGACUUUCCAGUAUUAUCCCUCCAAGGACCUGCAGCGGGGGGUGUUGGACUGGAAGCUGGAUUUCUACUGGGAGCCUCUGCCGGAGCAUGAAAGGAAGGCCCUCCUGUCCCCUGUCAGCCCCAUCAGGAGCCCUGUGGUGCCUGGAGAGGUGGUGGCCAUGGACAGACAUUACUUCCAAAACACUGGAGCGUACGACUCUCUCAUGUCACUGCAGGGUGGAGAAAACCUCGAACUGUCUUUCAAGGCCUGGCUCUGUGGAGGCUCUGUGGAAAUCCUCCCCUGCUCUCGGGUGGGACACAUCUACCGAAAUCAGGAUGCCUCUGCCCCCCUUAACCAAGAGGCUGCCCUGAGGAACAAAGUUCGCAUUGCUGAGACCUGGCUGGGGUCAUUCAAAGAAACUUUCUACAGGCACAGCCCAGAAGCAUUCUCUUUGAGCAAGGCUGAGAAGCCAGACUGCAUGGAACGCUUGCAGUUGCAAAGGAGACUGGGUUGUCGGACGUUCCACUGGUUUCUGGCCAACAUCUACCCUGAGCUAUAUCCAUCUGAGCACAGGCCAAGGUUCUCUGGAAAGCUCCACAACACUGGACUUGGCUUCUGUGUGGACUGCCAGGCAGAAGGAGAUAUCGUGGGAUGUCCCAUGAUACUGGCUCCUUGUAGUGACAGCCGGCAAGAACAGCACCUGGAGCACAUGAGCAGGAAGGAGAUCCACUUUGGCGGCCGACAGCACCUGUGCUUUGAUGUCAGGCGAAAGCAGGUGAUUCUUCAGAACUGCACUGAAGAAGCUUCUAUCAUCCACCAGCAGCAGUGGGACUUCCAAGAGAAUGGAAUGAUUGUCCACGUUCUUUCUGGAAAAUGCAUGGAAGCUGUGGUACAGGAAAACAAUAGAGAUUUGUACUUGCGUCAGUGUGAUGGAAAAGCCAGCCAGCUAUGGCAAUUUGACCAAGUCAACAGUGUGGAUGAACGAUGAAUUCCAGUGUUGAAGGAAAAGAAAAUUUUGACCAUCACAGUUCCACCCCAAGGGAAUUAAAAGAGCAUGCAUAUUUCAUGAAACAUACUUUUUGUGUUUGUGCUCCUGGUAAUAGGAGAGAAGAAAGUUCUAUGAGAGAAUAUAGAAAAUUUUUCCUUCUCACACCUUGUUUCAUUGACAGGUGGCUGGGUUUUUUUGUUUGUUUGUAUUGAGAGAAAGAGAAAAACAUGAUUAAUUAUAUCAUUGUCAUUAUCACUGGGAGACGAUUAUUACAUAACAUAGAAGAUUCUUCACUUUUUUCCCCUAAGCACUUAACAAUUGCUUUUCUCUCUGACCAGGGGAAGAGGCCUGGACAUUCUUUAUUAUCACCUACAGAAUGCCAUGCAUAAAUACAAUGAAUCAAUUUAUGCUCAA